AGUAGAAACAGCGUGAGAAGGAGAGAGGCCCAUUCGGCAGCCAAAGGACUCGGUGGACAGAGCAGAGGAAAAAUACACAAUAUGCUGCUCUUGGGACCCAAGGUGCUGCUGUUCCUCACUGCCCUCAUCAUCCCCUCUGACUGGACACCACUAGGAGUCAAUGGUCAACGAGGAGAUGAUGUGACUCCAGUGACUCCAGAGACAUUCACAGAAGAUCCUAAUCUGGUGAAUGAGCCCUCUACAGAUGAAACAGCUUCUCCUGCUGAUAAAAAUACCACAACAGACUGCCGGGAUGAAAAAUUUGCUUGCACGAGACUCUACUCUGUGCAUCGGCCAGUCAAGCAAUGCAUUCAUCAGUUAUGUUUCACAAGUUUACGACGUAUGUACAUCAUCAACAAUGAGAUCUGCUCUCGUCUUGUCUGUAAAGAACACGAAGUUAUGAAAGAUGAACUUUGCCGUCAGAUGGCUGGUUUACCCCCAAGACGACUCCGUCGCUCCCACUACUUCCGACUUCCACCCUGUGAAAAUGUGAAUUUGCAGAGACCCAGCGGUCUGUGAUCACAAAGGAAGAGGAAAGAAUAAUGUGUGGGUGGGAGGAAGAGAAUGCCCUAACAAGAGGGAACUCCUUCUUGUCCAACCAUUGUCCGCUAACCCAUAGACAUUAGUAUUUCUUAAACCAAUCCUUUUGCAGUGCCUAGCUUUUGCCUCCAUUCCCUGACUGAUAACAAAGUCUGUAUUAUUGCAUGGUUUUGCUGUUUCUCAAUAUCAUAGACGUAGAUUAAUGAUAACCAUGUGGCUUAUAUACAAACAUCCUAUACACAAUUUCAAAGGAAAAUAAACUUUAGGUUAAUAUU